AUGCCGUUAUCUGUUGCCGAAAAGUCAUAUUUGUACGAGUCAUUGGCCAACACACCUUCUAUAAGACCGGAUGGUAGAACGCCAUAUCAGUUUAGACCCGUUGAGGUGUACACUGACUUCCUUCCAAGCUCCAAUGGUUCCUCUAGAAUAAUAGCCAGUGAUGGAAGUGAGUGCAUAGUGAGUGUGAAAUGUAAGGUUGUUGAUCAUACAGUGGAUGACGAUGUCUUUGAAAUUGGGAUUGAUAUUGCUAAUGAAAGAGACGAUUCAUUAAUUGUGGAGAGCAUUACAUCAUUAUUCAAUAACGUUGCUCAGGGAAUUGACAAAGAAAAUCUGCGUCUAACGAAGAGGUACAGUUUCAAAAUUUACCUCGAUGUUCUUGUGUUAUCAAGUUUUUCAUAUCCAGUAUCACUAAUAUCAUUCGGUAUUUAUACAGCAUUAAAUUCCACAUAUUUACCCAAGUUAAUUUCAAGUUUUGAUGAUUUAGAGGUUGAGGAAUUACCCACCUUCCACGACUACGAUUUAAUUAAGCUAGAAUUGAAGGUACCGUUAGUCUUUGUUCUGGCGGUUGUAAAAGAUAAUAUAUUUGUUGAUCCAGCAUCGAACGAAACUGAAGUUGCAGAUAACGGUUUAAUCGUAAGUUGGACCAAUGGUAAGAUAGUGGCUCCAAUAAGGACAAUAGCAUUGAAUGAUACAUUUACUAAGGGAUUCACACCGAAGCUUUUACAAGAAGGUAUCAAAUUGAUCGAAAAGUAUGCAAAUGAUAUCGUACGAGCUUUAGAAGCUCUAUAG